GUGUGGGACUUGACUUUUGAGGAAGAUGCAAGUGGGAUGUUAAUGAGAUGAUGAAUCAAGGAGGCAAUACUCAAACCGUGGCUUCACUUGACCCUAAUUUGGUUGAGAACCGAUAUGUUGUUGACGCUAGCCAAUCACAGACAUCAUAUCUUCCCUCAACAACUUCAUCUGGAGCUGUGUCAUGGAAUACGCAUUGUGUGGAUAAUCGCUCCAUAGAGAAUGGGAUUCUUCCAAAUUCCACUUAUCACCAUGAGCAGCACACAGAACCACUUGUAAGGAAUGUUCAAGAUGGAGUAAAUUCGACAUCUGUAGCAAGUUCAUCAAGUUUAGGAGCAAUUGUUGUAUCACAAGAUUACAGUGGCUAUACACCGUACCCAAAUUCUAGUGAUCCAUAUAGUUAUGGAAACACAGGAUCCCCAGGUUACUAUAGCAACUAUCAACAGCAACCUAAUGAUAAGAAAUUAUGCUGGCAAUGGAAUGAGUGA